AGCAAAAGAUAUUUUUGAAAUCCUCGCCGGCCGUUGUAACCCCACCUGAGCCACCGCGAUGUGAACCCUACCAACGGUCAAGAGAGAGUAGGCACAAUUUUUUUUUAUAAGCAGAGACAGAUGAGCACAGAUCUCUCAUAGACAUUUGGGAGGAAAGCCUGAAACUGCAAAGAUUUCAUAGUGUUUUUGAGGACUAGUUCUUCUUUUCUGGGUGUGUUAGGGUUUUAAGUUUUUGCUGCGAAAAUGCGUGAAAUCUUGCACAUUCAGGGGGGGCAAUGCGGUAACCAGAUCGGGGCAAAGUUCUGGGAAGUUGUUUGCGAUGAGCAUGGGAUCGAUCCCACGGGCCGGUACCAUGGCACAUCUGAUCUUCAGUUGGAGAGAGUGAAUGUCUAUUAUAAUGAGGCCAGCUGCGGAAGAUUUGUUCCCAGGGCUGUGCUCAUGGAUCUUGAACCUGGAACCAUGGACAGCGUUAGGACGGGGCCUUAUGGCCAGAUCUUUCGGCCGGAUAAUUUCGUGUUCGGGCAGUCCGGCGCUGGAAAUAACUGGGCCAAGGGGCAUUAUACUGAGGGGGCUGAGCUCAUUGAUGCAGUGUUGGACGUUGUGCGCAAGGAGGCUGAGAACUGCGACUGCUUACAAGGGUUUCAGGUGUGCCAUUCCCUGGGAGGAGGCACAGGAUCCGGAAUGGGGACGCUGCUGAUAUCGAAGAUUAGAGAGGAGUAUCCCGAUCGCAUGAUGUUGACUUUCUCUGUGUUUCCCUCUCCAAAGGUGUCGGACACAGUUGUGGAACCCUACAAUGCUACAUUGUCUGUGCACCAGCUGGUAGAGAAUGCUGACGAGUGCAUGGUCUUGGACAAUGAGGCUCUUUAUGACAUUUGCUUCAGGACUCUUAAGCUCACUACCCCAAGCUUUGGAGAUUUGAAUCACUUAAUCUCAGCCACGAUGAGCGGAGUGACCUGCUGCCUCCGGUUCCCCGGUCAGCUGAACUCAGAUCUGAGAAAGUUGGCCGUGAAUCUGAUCCCCUUCCCCCGCCUGCACUUCUUCAUGGUGGGUUUCGCUCCUUUGACCUCCCGUGGGUCGCAGCAGUACCGCGCUCUAACUGUACCGGAGCUGACUCAGCAGAUGUGGGACUCCAAGAACAUGAUGUGUGCUGCCGACCCCCGUCACGGCCGAUACUUGACCGCCUCCGCCAUGUUCCGUGGGAAGAUGAGCACCAAGGAAGUGGAUGAGCAGAUGAUGAAUGUUCAGAACAAGAACUCCUCCUACUUUGUGGAAUGGAUCCCCAACAAUGUGAAGUCCUCUGCUUGUGACAUCCCUCCCACAGGCCUCAAGAUGGCUUCCACCUUCAUCGGUAACUCCACCUCCAUCCAGGAGAUGUUCAGGCGCGUGAGCGAGCAGUUCACUGCUAUGUUCAGGAGAAAGGCCUUUUUGCACUGGUACACUGGAGAGGGCAUGGACGAGAUGGAGUUCACUGAGGCUGAGAGCAACAUGAACGAUCUGGUCUCUGAGUACAUGCAAUACCAGGAUGCCACCGCUGAUGAGGAAGAGGAGUACGAUGAUGAAGAAGAACAAGAAAUGUGAUUGGUUCAUAGUAAUUUACAUAUAAGUUACUUCUGUUUAACAAUGGUGACAACGGCUAGUUGUUUUGACAUCUAGUUGUGUUAGUCUAUUUCAUUUGUCGUAUUUUCCUCCUCUGCUGGAUGUUGAGCAGAUGCAUAAGUUGUUUCUCCUUUUGAUAUCUCUCUGCUUACAUACAUUGAUAUGUAUCUAUUACAUUUGGAUCGAAUAUAUCCUACUUUGUCUGAA